GAUACACGGGCUGUUACUUCGGGGAUGUCACCGAGCGCCCCGCCCACCGCGCGCCCCGCCCACGGCGUUCUCCGGCCCGCGGCCGGCAGGGGGCGCGCGGCCUCCGCCAGGCGUCCUUCGUCCCCGUCAGUUCCCACAGGGCCUUGUGCGAUAUGGGCUGCACCGAGGGCAAGGCGGUGGCGGUAGCCGCCCCACCGGAGCUGCACACCAAAGGCAAGAACGGUGGUGGCCGCCGUACGUCAGCUAAAGAUCAUCACCCUGGUAAAACUUUGCCAGAGAACCCAGCAGGAUUCACCAGCACGGCCACUGCAGACCUCAGAGCCCUGCUUCAGGCCUAUAUAGACGGUCACUCUGUGGUCAUCUUCAGUAGGUCCACAUGCACACGCUGUGCUGAGGUAAAGAAGUUAUUUAAAUCUCUGUGUGUUCCUUAUUUUGUGCUUGAACUUGAUCAAACAGGUAAGUUUCUGUUUAAUAUGUAAAUCAUAGCUGCUGACUGUACAUUUUAUUUUAUUUAUUCUACCUGGCUUUAAUUUGUCUUCCUUGAGGUUUUUAUUGUUUAGUGAGCACUUGCUAGCUCACUGGUCA